ACAUUUCAGCAGGUGUAAACCCAACCAGGCGACCAACCUUCCAAAACCAAGAGAAAAUCGAAAAGAAAAAAAGAACGCAUCUUUCCUGCCUUUCCUCCUCCCAAAGCUCCAAAUCGCGCCCCGCCCCCCAAAUCCACGAGCACCAGCGAUCGCCGUCAUCCUCCGCCAUGAUCCGGUUCAUCCUGCUGCAGAAUCGGCAGGGGAAGACGCGGCUGGCCAAGUACUACGUCCCGCUCGAGGACUCGGAGAAGCACAAGGUCGAGUACGAGGUGCAUCGGCUGGUGGUCAACCGGGAUCCCAAGUUCACCAACUUCGUUGAGUUCCGGACGCAUAAAGUUAUAUACAGGCGAUAUGCAGGACUGUUUUUCUCAAUGUGUGUGGAUAUCACUGACAAUGAGUUGGCAUACUUGGAAUGCAUCCACUUGUUUGUCGAGAUAUUAGAUCAUUUCUUCAGCAAUGUGUGUGAACUCGACUUAGUAUUUAAUUUCCACAAGGUUUAUUUGAUAUUGGAUGAGUUUAUUCUCGCUGGAGAACUUCAAGAGACAAGCAAAAGGGCAAUAAUAGAGCGAAUGGGUGAGCUUGAGAAGCUGGAAUAAGAAGAAACGGUGUACACUAGCGUACAUGGGCAGAUGAUCAAGAGUGUUGCCAUCUCUUUCUCUGCCGUGCCAAGACAUUGCUCUGCAUUUUGUACAAUUCUUUGUAGCUAUUGUGUUAUACCUAGCUCACCUACAUUUUCACCGGCUGUUCAUCUGUGUAAGUCUCCUUUGUUGCUUGGUGAGGCUACUACACACUGCUAGAUUGUUCUGUUGAUUACCAUGGAAUCAGUCAUCUUUGUGCAUUUGCUUGAAGUAAUCAUCAUUAUAGCAAUCUCUUUUUUUUCACCUGUCUGAUUGGGAGUCUGAUCUUUUGAUGCUGAAUCAAUAAUAUGACUGUUUUAAGCAA